UUUAUUCUUUUACUAAAAAUGUAAGAAUAUAACAAAAAUUCAUAAUUCUAGAAAUUUUGAAAGGUUUUUCAAUUUUGUUGCAUGGAAUACAUUUAUUUAUUUGUGUAAGAAAUAAUAGGUUGAUUGAAAGUAACAAAAAAUUUGCCGGCAUUUUUUUCAAAGCAAUUAGGCUGACAUUGAUGACUUAAAAAUGCGAAUUUUAAUAAUCAUUACAUUUUUAUUUAUAUUCACUUUAAAAAUUUUGCAUACAGAAAAAUGUUCUAAAAGUGCAAGUUUUGAUGAAGAAGAAAGUAUUAAAUCUAUGUACACUGAAAGUUCCAAUAAAAUAUUUAAGCAAAUUGAAGAUUCAUUACAUAGUUAUACACCUUGCAGUAAUCGAAGUUGUGAGUGCCAUUUACCAAUUAUAGAAAGAGAUCUAGCACAAUUUUCUGGAGGAAUAACAAAAGAAAUGAUUGAUUCUGUAGCAAAUAAAGGAACAAAAUAUCAAAUCAUUAACAAAAAGUUAUAUAGGCAAAAAUCUUGUAUGUUUCCUUUAAGAUGUUCUGGUGUUGAACAUUUUAUAAAAAUGCUUUUAAAAGAACUGCCAAACAUGGAAUUUAUAAUUAAUUGCCGUGAUUGGCCUCAGCUUUAUAAAAAUUUUGUUGGUACAAAAGGUCCAGUUUUUUCAUUUAGUAAAACUGAAAAUGAAUUAGACAUAAUGUAUCCUGCUUGGAGUUUUUGGGAAGGUGGUCCCGCUAUCUCAUUAUAUCCAACUGGUAUUGGACGAUGGGAUUUACAUAGGAAAAAAAUUACAGAAAUUGCUGAUGAAAAAUAUCCAUGGGAAAAUAAAAUUAGUAAAGGAUUUUUUCGUGGUUCAAGAACUUCUGAUGAAAGAGAUUUUUUGAUCUUAUUAUCUCGAGAUCAACCAAAUCUAGUAGAUGCUCAAUAUACAAAAAAUCAAGCAUGGAAAUCACCUAAAGAUACGCUAAAUGCAGAACCAGCUAAAGAAGUUUCAUUUGAAGAACAUUGUCAAUAUAAAUACUUAUUUAAUUUUCGUGGGGUUGCAGCUAGUUUUAGAUUUAAACAUUUAUUUUUAUGUAAAAGUUUAGUUUUUCAUAUAGGUGAUGAAUGGAAAGAAUUCUUUUAUGAUGCAAUGAAACCAUGGGUUCAUUAUGUUCCAUUAAACACAAACACAAAAAAAGAAGAUCUAAUAGAAUUACUUGAAUUUUUUAAAGAGCAUGAUGAUGUAGCAAAAGAAAUCGCUAAUCGUGGUUUUGAAUUUAUAUGGAAACAUUUAAGAAUGCAAGAUGUUAUAUGUUACUGGAGAAAUUUACUUAUUAAAUACGGAAAUUUAAUUAAAUAUGAUGUUAAGUUAGAUGAUACACUAAUAGAAAUUUCAUAAAAA